AUGUUCUUUUGUGAUAGCUGUGAUAUGGUCGUAAAAGUAGUUGAAACCAAACUGAAAUGCAAAAACUGUGGACUUGUGAUGGACUUUCCACUCUCUGACCCUGUUGUUGAGUCCUUCAAGGUGAUCAAUACGCCCAACACACCCAGUAUUCCAGCUAGAGAUCAAGGCAACUUCGUUGAAGUCACCUGUCCUGAAUGCGAGCACAAUAAGGCGCUUUUCAAAGAAGUUCAAACACGUUCUGCUGAUGAGGCCAUGACUAUUUUUUACAGGUGUGUGAAGUGUGGCCACAAUUGGAAGCAAAACUGA